AUGAAUUCCUUCACUGUUGGCUUCAUCCUAGGAUGGCUUGGAUUGGUACAUUGUUAUCAUCUGGCUCCACCUGUAUACCCGUCUCGUAGAAACAUUACAACCACACCCAAACCAACCACUACCACAGCACCAGUUGAAUAUGAGCCGCCGGAAAUAGAAGGUCCCGUGUCCACAACAACUACAGUUGCCACAACAACUACUAAAAAACCAACCACGUAUGCGCACGGGCAUGGGCCGCCACCUGGUGGCUAUUACGACCAUUAUGGGCAAUAUCAUUACGAUCCAUACUACAAUGCACAACAAGACCCUUAUGGAGCAUAUGGGUCAUCAUACGGCCAUUAUGGGUAUCAUUCUAGCCGAGCUCCAUACCCUACGCAGGUGGCCCAUCCUAGUCAAGCGCCAUACGGUUCAGGAGCACAAAGUCAUUACACAGAUCCGUACGCGCCACGUUAUGACCCUAGUACGGGACAGUACACGGAUCCGUACCAUGGAGGGAAGGAUCCAUAUUUUGGGGCUAAUCAGGGUUUAAAACCUCGCGGUCAAACAGCGUUAAUGGACCAGUUAUCAAUUAUAAAACCACAACCAAGUGCAUCUCCGUCAUACGGACAUUCCGGCAAAUGGAUAGAAAUGCGAGCUGCAAAUGAUCUUCGUAUGAAAUCCCGUCGGCGGAAUAGGCAGGGCUCUACUCGACGAAGAGGGUACAUUCCCAGGGGAGAGAAACAAACACUUAAACGAGUAUCUCCUACAGCUUCUAACUAUCAUCAAGGCUCGUACGCUGGUUCUAAGUCUAGAGUCGGAGGAAGCCAGUCUAACUGGCAGAACCAGCAACGCCCGCAAAGACGUCAGCAGCAAGCGGGCUUCAACCGUCGAAACAAUAAUGGUCAACAAAGCGGACAAGGUAAACAGAACACAUGGAACAAAGGCAAUUCCGGUUAUAACGCCUGGAGUUAUCAGCAGUCACAAUAUACUGAUACUAAUACUGGAGGUAUUAGUCAACCAUCGUCGAGUUAUUCUGGAUCAGCUUAUCAAAACCAAAAUAACCAAUAUAAUAAAAACACAGCUUACGAUAACAAUGCUUAUGCAAAUACGGCCUCUCAGGUUGGGAGUGCGGCAGUGCAACCUAGUCCAUAUCCUAGUUCUGCCACUGGCCAAAACAGUAACUAUUAUGCUACCGGUAGUUCCGGCUAUAACCAAGGACAGGGAACGGGAACUUCGUCCAAUGCUUAUAACCAACAGGGAUAUGAUUAUUAUGGAUCUGGUUCCACCGGAACAGGAAGUGGAACAGGCUCAAUGACAAGUAAUAUUGCCUAUAAUACACCAGCCCCAUCCAACUAUGGGUCGGGCUAUAAUAGUCAAGGUGCAUAUAAUUAUGAUACCUCUGCAACGUCAUCACAGCAGCAAACAUAUUAUAACAACAACCAGAACGCCAUAAAACAAGGUUCUAACACGUUUGGAUUAGGUACUCAAGGAGCAUCAUACAACUAUGAUACUUCAUAUAAUAAUCAAGGAAUGUCGACAGGAAAUUAUGAUGCAGGUGGAAGUCAAAUGCAAACAGGUGCUUAUGAUACUGCAGGAUCAUGGGGAGGACAGAACUUUAAUAUGGAUACUCAAACCGGUCAGUCUAAUUGGAACACAGGGAAUUCGUUCGGUCAAGGACAGUCACCUAACACUGUAUCUGAUACGAUUUCUGAUUAUAUGACCAUGAACAAUGCAAAUUCCGGGUUUGCCUCCAAAACUGGUUCGUCGAGCAUCGGUUCUACAAAUUCAGGUAAAACAAAUGAACAAAAUGUAGCUGAAACAAUGAUCAAAAUGUUGGAAAAACUUAAGACAGCUGCGGCUGCUAACGCAUCGACAAGUGUAUCAACUAGUUCGACCCCUAGUAAGACCCAGAAACAAGAACCCGUACAAAUUUCAAAAAGUAUGGAGGCCGCCAUUAAGAAUGCCAUUAUAAAUGCCGCAAAGGACAUUUCAAAUAAAAUGAAAGCCGACAAAACAACUUAUGUUGGAACUCAAGAAACUUAUCAGAGAUCUCCAUCGGUUCAGGCUGUGGACACGUCAUUCAAAGCUGACAUCACAAGUCCAUAUGGAUGGACGCAACCGCCUACAACAACUGUGCAGACAUGGACAGAGGCACCAACGACGACAGCGGCACCUACUGCAGGAAAUAGACGAUGGGGACCCACAGGGGGAAUGUGGGGAACCUCUUCCUCGGGCAACUAUUACGGAGUGACUUUAUCUCCCAGGGGGAGAGCAGGUGGACAGUGGGGAACAGCAGCGCCAACUACUCCCAAAGUUUCGUUUCUAGGUAAAAUGAGUAGGAAACGUCUAGCAAGCACCAUGACACCUAGAACCACUCAAAACCCAAUGAAGGGAUUUCAACAACUUUUACUAGCUUCCGUUUUAUUCAACAAAAAAUAA